CGCCAACUACAUGUACAAAGGUUUAUCUAACGGUCAAUGUCGUGCAGAUAUAUACGAAAAAAGAAAAUAAAAUACUCUGCUUUUAUUCUUGUUGACGAUCGCUUACAUCAACUGCGCGCCUUUGUGUCCCGUAUUUGAUUCCCACCGAACUCUCUCUCUCUCUCGCGUUCUCUUAACCGCUAAGGCAUCCUUCCUCAUAGUAAAUUGUAGUCUACUUAAUUCUACGUCUCUCUCUCUCUCUCUCAAUCUCUCUCUCCCUCUCUCCCUCCAUAGACGAUCAACACUUUAGAAUUACUUUCUCACGCCAUAAAGGCGGGGGUAUAUUUUAACAGUAUCGGACAGGAAUAUGUCGUUACUCUCGAAUCCAGCUUCUGUAGACAACAUUGCCUUGUUUGUAGCUCUCAUAUGUGCUUGCAUUGUCAUUGGUCAUCUUCUUGUGGAAAAUAAAUGGACUAAUGAGUCCACGACUCCGCUUCUCUUUGGUCUGUGUUCUGGAAUUGUUAUUUUGCUCACAUCAGGUGGAACAAACUCCCGCAUUUUGGAGUUCGAUGAACAACUUUUCUUCAUAUAUCUUCUUCCGCCUAUAAUAUUUAACGCUGGGUUUCAGGUGAAAAAGAAACAAUUUUUCCAAAACUUCAUGACAAUCAUGUUGUUUGGCGCUAUUGGUACAGCUAUGUCCUUUAGCAUCAUAUCAUUUGGUGCAAUGCAUAUAAUCGAUAUGCUGAAUAUUGGCUCUUUGGAGAUCAAGGAUUUUCUUGCAAUUGGAGCAAUCUUUUCGGCUACAGAUUCUGUAUGUACCUUGCAGAUUCUUAAUCAAGAAGAGGCACCUUUGUUGUACAGCCUAGUAUUUGGGGAAGGUGUAGUAAAUGACGCAUCAUCUGUAGUUCUCUUUCAUGCAAUCCAAAAAUAUGACCUCUCCAACAUCAACAUUAAAACUGCCUUUCAGUUUGGGGGAAAUUUCUUGAUUCUUUUCACUACAAGCACCUUAUUGGGAAUAUCAGUUGGACUGCUCAGUGCUUAUAUCAUGAAAAAGUUGCAUCUUGGCAGGCAUUCUCCUGAUCGUGAAGUGGCUCUUAUGAUUGUGAUGGCUUACCUUUCAUAUAUGACGGCUGAGCUGUUUGAUUUGAGUGGUAUACUUACCGUAUUCUUUUGCGGGAUUGUCAUGUCACAUUACACUUGGCAUUCUAUGACUGACGGGUCAAAAGUAACCACAAGGCAUGCCUUUGCAACAUUCUCGUUCAUUUGUGAAAUAUGCAUCUUCCUUUAUGUUGGAAUGGAUGCAUUGGACAUGGAAAAGUGGAAGUUUGUUAGUAGCAGUCCAGGAAAAUCUGUUGGCCUGAGUGCUGUGCUGCUUGGCUUGGUUAUGAUCGGAAGAGCAUCAUUUGUAUUCCCUCUAUCCUUUGUAUCCAAUCUUACCAGAAAGUCCAAGGGUGAGAAAGUAAACCUCAAGCAGCAGGUAAUAAUAUGGUGGGCUGGUCUAAUGAGAGGCGCUGUUUCAAUGGCACUUGCUUAUAGUCAGUUUACGAGAUUUGGCCACACCCAACAGCCAGCAAAUGCAAUUAUAUUAACCAGCACAAUCACUGUUGUUCUUUUCAGUACAAUGGUUUUUGGAUUAAUGACAAAACCUCUAGUAAGACUCUUGAUGCCUCCAUCAAUACUUAGCGGCGAUGUUCUGUCCUCUGAACCAUCCAGUCCAAAUUACUCCACAGUGCCACUUCUACGCAGUUCUCAAGAUCCAGAAAGUGAGACGGGAGAUCAAGGUAUUCAAAGGCCAGCUAGCCUGAGCAGGCUCCUAAGCACAACAACUCACACUAUUCAUCGGUACUGGAGAAAGUAUGACGAUAGAUAUAUGCGACCACUGUUUGGCGGGCGAGGCUUUGUUCUUCCUGUUCCUGCUCCACCAACAGAUAAUGGUUUACAUUAAGACUUUGAUCAAUAAUAAUAGUAUAGUUGUUCUAUGUAUAUACUUGUAUGGCUAGUAAGGCCAGUUUCAUCAUCUGGAAGCAUGUCAUCCAUGAGGAAUUUUAUGAUGUAUAUUUAGUGUCUUGUCACAGAGAAUGGUGUCCAUGCCGUAACUAGGGACGCUCAAUUUUGUCUGUAAAUUUUACUCUGAUAGAAGUAAUUAAGAUUCUUUAUUAAAAAGGUAUGGUUCUAUA